AACGAAACGGGAAAGCAAAGACUUUAAAUUUUGACUUGUUUUAAUACAUAGCAAGCAUGUGGCUCUACCUGGCAUUGGCAGUUUUCCUGUACUUUGUGAUACGGUCCUAUCGGGAAAGACAGCAGGUAGACAACCUGAGAGAGAAAUACGUAUUCAUCACUGGCUGUGAUUCUGGUUUUGGAAACCAGCUGGCCAGGCAACUGGACGCCCGGGGUCUGCGGGUGUUGGCUGCUUGUCUCACCCAGAAGGGAGCACAGGAACUGGAGAGACUCACAUCGGAUCGUUUGAAAACCACCCUGCUGGAUGUCACCAGUACUGAGAGCAUUGAGGCAGCUACUCUAUGGGUAAAAGAAUGUGUGGGGAACAAAGGACUCUGGGGCUUGGUAAACAAUGCUGGAAUUGUGCACCCUAUCUCCCCCAAUGAAUGGCUGACCAAAGAGGACUAUAUGAAAGUGCUGAAUGUUAAUCUAAUUGGGAUGAUUGAUGUGACACUGCAUAUGUUGCCCUUGGUGAAGAAGGCCAGGGGAAGAGUGGUUAACAUGUCCAGCAUCAUGGGUCGACUGAGUACCAUGGGAGGUGGCUACUGUCUCUCAAAGUAUGGAGUGGAGGCUUUCUCUGACAGUCUCAGGCGUGAGAUCCACUCAUUUGGGGUGACAGUAGCCAUAAUUGAGCCAGGCUAUUUCCGCACAUCCAUGACUGAUAUCCAAAAAACUCUUGAGCUUCUGGAGCAGCAAUGGAUCAAAGUCCCAGAGGAAAUCAAAGAGAGCUAUGGCCGGCCCUACUUCGACGCAUUUUACGAGGGUUUCAAAUACAAUCUUGCAACUCGUUGCUGCACAGACCUCUACAUGGUUACCGACUGUAUGGAGCAUGCUUUGAUAUCCAAAUACCCUCGUACACGCUAUUCCGCUGGAUGGGAUUCCCGGUGGAUCUUCAUUCCUCUCUCUUACUUGCCCACUUCCAUCACCGAUUUUGUACUGACUCGAGCUUGGCCUAAACCCGCUCAAGCUCUGUAAAAGGAAUAGGGUGGAAAAGUUGGGAGGAAGGAAGUUUAUGAAUAGAAGUUCCAGCUGCCACCUUUGGCCAAUCCAUGCAGUUAAAAGUAUUCCGGUGCAGUCUUUGACUGUAAGGGUGCUUCCAGACCAAGCUCUUCCAAUCCAGCCAUACUGAGGCCUGUCAUAUCAGCAGACUUCCUAUUGACCGAUCAUUCACAAGGCCCCUUGUGUUCACCAUUUGCAGAUCUCCAAUGCUUUAGGGAUAUGGGAUCCGUAGCUGUGUGUGUGUCUGGCCUGGAGCUUGCUGAGAAAAUAUUCAGCCAAUUGUAGUUCUCACUUCCUUCAUCCAAGCUAGCCAAGGACAGAGAAUGCUAGCUAAUCAUUGUUUGAAGUUUCUCUUCUAAACCUAUUCAGUCACUGAUAUUCUGCCUCUGAACUUCCAAUGCUCCAUGGGUUAAUGCAUCUCCUUUUAUCCUUUCUUCGCAAAAAUAGCAAAUAACUGACUAGCAUCUUCCCUUACACACACAUGCUGCCCAUGGAUUUCUAUAUGUGUUAUUUGCGUAUGUUUACAUUCUGGUAGCCCGAUACGAGGAUGGCUGCAAGAGAAGAUCGUUGUUAAAAAAAGAAUUAAA